GGGCUGCAAAGACUUACACCCAAGCUGUGAUGGAUGGGGAGAGAGAGGAGAGUGUGAAACCAACCCAGCAUUCAUGAACGUCAAUUGUCCUAUGACCUGCAGAUCUUGUCCUCCUUCCAGUUCUGAAGACUGUGUUGAUCAACAUCCAACUUGCUUUGUGGAUUCCUUGCUUGGGGCAUGCAGGACAAAUCCAUCUUUUUACCUCAUCUUCUGCGCAGACUCCUGCAGGAAGUUCAUCUCUGUUUGUUCAGAAGAAAGGACCAGCACAGUGAGGGACUUGUGCACUGACCAGGCAAAAGGACAAGGAAUAGACUGCGGCAUUGAUCCAUCCACUGCAGCUGUUGGGAGAACAAAGAGGCAGCUCCACCCAGUGAACCAUACUGUGAGCAGUGCCACACCAGAUGACAUUUGGAAGAAGUUCCCUGUGCACGUGAUAGCAGUAGAAAAUGAGGUCUCGGAUAUUGCCAGUAGUCUGGAGGUUUCUGGUAAUUACCCACAAAGUCCUUGGGGGUAUCCUCUUAAUUUGGCAGAGAACAUUGAAGCUAAGGAAAGGAAAACGAAAAAGUUUGCGUGGCGGAUGAAUCUUAUUUUGGAUGGUGUGAAAUCUAGUUCUGAGCCUUAUAGAGUAUCAGGUGAACACCGUUCUAAAAGCGUAUUGAGUAGUGUCCCAUACAGCACCCAGGAAGAUUUCAAAGAGCCUGAUGUAGUUGAGUCUUCACGUCAUUUAUUCUUCCAGGCCAAAAAGAAGAGAGAUAAAAGGCGAAUUACAUCCUUUAUAUCAUCAGAGAAGUGCACUCUCAGAAUUCCCGUAGUAACAAACAAUACAUUAGUCGGGGACGAAUAUAAUUUAAGCUUUGCAAGGCAGAAUGCAAUUGUUGAGAAUUUAGUCACCAUUGAUGUCAAUGUCUGUUCAGUUUUAUUUUGCAUCAUCACUAUUGUUAUUGCCGUGUCAGUUUCCGUAGCUGUUGGGGAAAUAGAUCCCCCAGAGCCAGAGCCAAGGCCUCCACCUGUAAUUUUCACUGCAAGCCCACCUCAGCAGUCAUCAACAUCACCUCCAACGCUGCCUCCCACAUCCCCACCUCCACUACCUCCACCACCACCAAUUUCUGGCCCAUCGGCUGGAGCACGUAUCAGAACUCUGGUCCCCUUCUGCGUACCGUCAGGAUUUGCAGCAUUGGCUGGGAGGUUGCGGAGACUUGUCGGUAGGAACACAGGGAGGCCUUUUAGUCCUGUUGUAGCAGAACUUGCAGUCGCCAUCAAUUUCUGCCUGUUUGGUGUUGGAUCUGCUAGCAGCGCACUAGGAAAUCUACCCUUGGCCCCAGUGGGGUUCCAGGCACCAUCUAGUUUGGAUAUUAUGCUCAUGGACACUGAUGCAGAGGUAUCCCUGAAGCCUCCAAAAAGGUUCCCUGGAAUUAGUCACCCAGCGUUGUACCUUUACCAGGGAGACAACGAGCCGCCCCCUCCACCUUCACGUUCCCCACCAACCACAGUCAUCACCACAGUUACUUUGAAUGGAACAGUCAUCUCUAAUGUAACACAAGUUGUUACAGGAGCAAGUGGUACAACUCAGGUACCUGGCGAAGCCAGUCCUCCACAGACACCUGAAUUAAGUAGCACUCCCCAGCCACCUGGAGAGAGUACCCAGCAGCCAGGGGUAAGUGGUACUUCUCCAUCAAUUGGAACAGGUGGUACAACCCCGUUAUCUGGGACAGAUGGAACAACCCCAGUACCAACAGAGAGUAGCUCUACUCCCUCACCUGAAAGAACUGGUCCAGAACCAGUGAUGAAAGACAACCUGCGAAGUCGAGACUCGUUCGUUUGUGGUGGCGCCCUCAUUUCUCCUUAUCACGUCUUGACUGCAGCACAUUGCUUGUUGGACCCAAGCAAUAAAAGACAACAAAGGUUCCUGAAGUUGAGUUUACGUCAGUCCUCAGACCUUUCUGCCUCCCACAACAGGAGCAAAGCUUGACUGGGCAAGUGUGCACAGUAUCUGGAUGGGGAAGAACAAAAAAUGGAACAGCAUCAUCAGUGUUACAUGACGUUGAGGUGGAAGUUGUAGACAGUGGACAGUGUAACGAUAUAUACAGCCUUGAUGAUGCAGCUGGUCCCACAUUCAACUUCCUCUACCCGGAUGGAAUCACAAACUCCAUCCUUUGCGCUGGCAUUAUCAAUGACGUGUGUCGUGGUGAUUCUGGUGGACCUCUCGUUCUAAGAAGAGGGGGAAUCUUGCAAGAAGUGGGCAUUGUGAGUUCUGGAUACGGCUGUGGUUCUGCACAGUACCCAGGGAUCUACACGCGUGUUGAUCAGUACCUCAGCUGGAUCACAAAUGAAAUGUAUGGCGGCUGUCUUUAACUUAUCAUCAGUACUUUUACUUUUAUCACCAACGGGUGCCGGACAGGCUACAGAAAGUUUGUUUCUUAUAUUUUUAAAUCUUAUCAGAAUUAUCUUCCCCUAGAUGAUGAUGCUAUCCUUAGGCCAUGUUUUAGCUUAGUACAUGGCUUAGUCGGUUUACUUAUAUGUUAAAAGAUAUACAUUGCUCCAAUGGAUAUAUUUUCUUGUUUUUUGAUGUUCUGUAUGUACACAGUCUUCUGGAACUCUCAAAGAAGUUAAAUCUUAUGUUUGAGCAGUUCACUUCUAGCAUACUUGUGAAGUGAUCAAUUUUUGUCGCCAUAGGCAUACAUAUAUGCCCGUCCUAAUGCCAGGGUUUCUCGAUUCCCUCCUUCCAAGACUUUGUUGUUGGUACAUAAUCUGGACGAGGUGCUUUUGAGUGUGAGCCUUGUGGACCUACCUAAAACGGACCUGAUCUCUGAGGGUAAAGUGUCAGUGACUUUGUGUAAGUAGUGGCAGACACAAGUGUCCAAAACACACUCUCUUUUUGACAUUCCAAAGUCGUCCACUUAAGUCAAGACCUCACGUAAGCCAGGGGCAUUGCCCUGUCCUUAGCCUUUGGAGGAAUAUUUCAGUUUCUCAAGUGAUGGAGGCAGGUGUCAGGUCUUGGCAGAAGUAGGCCAACUAUACCUCAUUUUCCAUUAGAAACAUCCCCCCAAAAGUUCUUAGGAAUUAUGGCAACUGCUCAGCAGAUUGUGUCUAGCCAAACACCGCCACCACAACAAUAAAGCUACCUUUCAUCCUGUUUUCUCGUCCACUUUGGAGGUAUUGUACAGAUUUUCCCAGAGUGAGUGUCCAAAUACAUCUUGCUCUGGCUUAUGGUCCCUAUGCCAGGCUGCAUAGAAGGUUACAAGUCUGAUCCCAUGCUCACUCUCAUGACAGGAAACAUGACAAUUCCAGAUGGCAAGUCAACUAUCUUCCAACCUUAGGACUUAGUCUCCUAUUUAAAAGGCAUCACUUUGUAUUUACAAAGACACAGAUAUAAGAUUUUUAGCCUAAAAGCAUAGCUUUAGGACCUAUGAGGCUUCAGUGCUGAACGGGAAAUUGAAAGCAAAGGAGGGUUAAAAGGUGUAAGAGGAAAACCUCACAGUUGCACUAUGAAAUAAUUGUUAGGAGGGUGGAAAGUAAGAUGAAUGAAAAAUAGUAUGAACAGAGGUACAGUAAAAGGAAUCAGAUUUUUAAUUUAUGCUUUUCCAUUGUAUAAAAAAAUCCAGAGCCUUUUAUCAUAAUCUGACCUCAAGCAUUGUAGUAUAUAUCCUUCAUCUUGAAGGGCUAAUUCUAUAUAAAGAUUCUGGUUUUUAUACCCAGGAAAAAUACAAAUUACAUUAAAAAUAUUUAAAUGAUGUACCAGCUGCCAUGCUAUUCUUGCAAUAACCAUUUGCUUGUAUGGUGUUUUUAUGUUGCAUGGAACCAGCGGUUAUACAGCAACAGGACCAACGGCUUUAUGUGACUUCCGAACCACGUCGAGAGUGAACUUCUAUUACCAGAAAUACAUAUCACUCACACCUAAAUGCAAUGCCCGAGAAUCGAACUCGCGACCACCAAGGUGGCAGGUCAAGACCAUACCAAUCACGCCACUGAGGCACUCUCUUGCUAUAUGUAACUGGGAAUUCCCGACUGAAUUUUUUUUAAUCCUCAGCAAAAGGAUCAAACAUAUAUAGCAACAUUUUUAAGUGUGAAACAAAAGGGCAUUAAUAGAGAGUUAUAUU